AUGUUCGAGGCGCUACACGCGCCGGAGGCCGCUGCCAUAGCAGCUGCUGCCUGUCCUCAGGGACACAGUCCCCUCUCCAGGGCCGCUGCCCGGGCGCAGGCGCUAGCACAGCGCCCCCCGGCGGCGCCCACGGCGCAGCUCACGCGCUCCUGCCCGCCCCCAACACCUUCUCUUCCGGCCUGGCCGCGGGCUUGCUGCACGCAUCACAUUCUUUUUUUCCGCUCCUACCCCAGCAUCUGCGCGCUGCGCCUGCGCGCCCGGCACGCGCCCCGCCCGCACCCCGGCCACCUGCACAAGGCGCGCGAUGGCCCCUGCGAAUUUGCUCCUGUGGUUGUCACACCACCCCAGAGUGUUCACAAUGUCACCGGGGCCCAAGUGUACCUGUCCUGUGAGGUGAGGGCUGUGCCCACCCCUGUCAUCACGUGGAGGAAGGUCACACAGUCUCCUGAGGGUACCCAGGUGCUGGAGGACCUGCCUGGGGACCACAUCAAUAUCGCUGUCCAGGUGCGAGGGGGCCCUUCUGACCAUGAGGCCACAGCCUGGAUUUUGAUCAACCCUCUGCGAAAAGAAGAUGAGGGAGUGUAUCUGUGCCAUUCAGCCAAUGCGGUCGGGGAGGCCCAGUCCCACGGCACGGUGACAGUUCUAGAUCUGAGUAAAUUCACAGCCCCCCACCUCCCAGCUCCAGAGGACCGCAUGUGAUGGAGUAAUGGUCUUAGAAACAUUGGUGACAGGAUGUUGGAAGAGUCAAGUCAUGCAUCGUUUUCUUUGUGAAGAGUUGGAGAAACCGUGUUUGUAGCUGACCCCUUUUGUAUGUUUUUACAAGUUAGAUGCAAACGAGAUAGAUUUUAGCAGGGGCAAGCACUGGGAAACCGGACUGCAUGUGGCUUCUUAUACUUUUGAAACGAACUGCUCUGUGAGAAUUCUUUUUUACCUAACCCUUCCAGGGAAGGCCACCUGGUGGUGUGUUUCGAAUUCUAAAGGGCUGGAACAAGGCCCAGGUCAGUCUUUACCUCAUUUGUCUGUGACUGAUUAGUGUGUGUUGUAGGGGAGGGAGCAGGGUCACGCUGUCCUCUGCCUGCUCUCUGACUUGCUGCGUGACCUGGACGGGCCCCUCCCCUCUCCGGGCCUUUGUUUUUUCACCUGCGAAUGUGGCAUUGGACUAGAUAUUGCCCAUGUCCCUUCCAGGCCUGCCAUCCUAGAAUAAGAUGGCCCUGUGGGAAAAAUAGAGGAGGUAUAGUCUGCGCAUUCCUUUUAAGUGUUAUUCCCUCAAAGCUGCCAUGGCUUCAUAUUAGGCUGUAGCUCUUCCUUUCCUGCCAUUUUCCCACCUUAAGGAGAUGGAGUCCUUGGCUGGGUGUUUGGGGACCAAGAUGUCCCCUUGUCAGCAAGCCCAGCAUUCUCUAACCAGGUGGGCAGUGGACCCCUGGCUUCUGGACAUCAAACUGAGGAAACGGGGUCGGAUGUUUCUUUCUCUGUGGGAUUAGAGUGUAGUAGAAUACAUUUUACUUGGAAAGGUUUUGACCUUACCCAGGAAUAAGGCUGGCUUUCUUUCGCUUGCUUUCUUUCUCUCUCUCUCUCUUUUUCUUUCUUUUCUUUUCUUUUCUUUUCUUUUCUUUUCUUUUCUUUUCUUUCUUUCUUUUUUCUUUCUUUCCUUCCUUCCUUCCUUCCUUCCUUCCUUCCUUCCUUCCUUCCUUCUUUCUUUUUCUUUCUUUCUAAGAGCGCUUAAUAUCUGGGUGAAAAAAUAGAUCCACUAAGUGAUUCAAAUUUUUUUUAAAGUCAGAAUUGGGAUCUUACUUGUGUCUAGUCCUUCAAGUUCAUGAAGCGCUUUUCUGUCUGUGGUCACUCCAACUCCAGGACAGCAGGCAGGGCAGGUGGGCAUAGAUGUCCCUCCCGCUUUGCAGAUGAAGAAACGAGGGUCUGAGAGGGAGGCACCUGCCCAAGGUCUGAAGGCCUCUGAGAAGGACCGGAAGUCCGGGCACCUGGCCCUCCUUGGCACCCUUCCUGUGCCAGGGUGCUGCUGCUUGGGUAACCUCUUAGCUGCGUAACGAAAGGUGCUGGCCAGUUCCAGGGCCCCGGGGACCUUACCAAGGCCCCACUCAGCCUCUACAGCACACUCCCAUGCCACUCCCACUGGGUGUUACAUUCUGGAGCCCUUUUUGGAAUUAAAUGUUCUGCCUUUGAGCCCGGCCAUUCCAUAUCUGAGAUAGUAGGGUGGCAUCACCCUCAUGCACUACAUGGCAGGAGCAUGGCCUGGGACUCCAGAAACAAGAGGUUCACUUGGGAAUUCAUCCUGGCUUGCUGCCUGACUCUGAGCAAGUCCCCUUCACCUUCUGGACCCCAGUUUUCCUCGUUUGAAUAAGAAGGGAAAGAAACUAGAUGGGUGGUUUGCAAACUUAAAACAUCAGAACCCUUUUCUUUGAAUAAGGUCAGAGCUGAAACUGGUUAACUGGAAGCUAUGCUCUUCUGUUGGAGGUUGGGGCUGCAGGGGACUUGCUCAGACCCCCCUACUUGUUACUCCCACUCCCCACCCCACCACGGGAGUUUCUGUAUCUAAGGUCUGCAGCUAAGUCUUCUGGGAUGUGACUCAUUAGGAGAAGACUUGCUUGGUAAAGCACUUAGUGCAACUGUGAGAAGCAGGGAUGCUGCAGCCCUGGAGAAGGUGCUAGAACAAUCCUGCAUCUGCUGAUAGGCACAGUCGGUGAAAUCACUUGACUCGCCUCACAUGCACGCAGUCACAGUUGCAGAGCUGGGUCUAGAUGCAGAGAGCAGCGGGGACGGAGUGCUUGGGUGCCAAAGCUAAACAGCGAAAACACAGGAGGGUGGGUUCAUGGCGUGAGGAUGUGCAAAAUAGUAAUCAUCAUGUGCACUCUCCGAAAUUGUCACCAAAACCAACAAGGCAGAAAAACAGGAUUGUUCCAACCUUAUGACUUUGCAACCAGGAGAGCCCCAGGACCGCUACAGGGGCCGAGAGGACUGUGCUGUGGCUUUGCCCUUCAGAAACAUGGUGCCCCCACAGCCUGUGUUUUCUGCCCUGUUGUCAUAAAUAUGAUGAAGUCACAUGGCCUCUGCACCUGAAAAUAAAUGUUUUUAAGGACAGC